CUACAAACACAUUAGUAAGAAAUUCCUUCCUGUCUAGGAAUACAUAUUGUGAGCCUUUGACGAUUUCUAGGGUAGAUCUGAUCAGUUGAACUAAAUCACUACAUGACGGCUAGCUGUAUACCAAAAAGUCGUUUAAGUUAAUAUAAAAUUCUGUUUCUGAGGAAAACAGUCAAGUUGCGUGACCUAAACAGCUAGGCUUGGUGCAGCACGGUAAGAAUUUUAAGGUAAGAAUCAACGCCAAGAUAUUUCAGACGAAUUCAAAAUGUAUAGUUUAACAGUUCAACUACAGCUUAUUACUGAGAACAAUGCAAUAUCUGAAAACGUUUUUAUUUGUUUGUGAGAAAAUACGUUGAGAGAUAUGUUUUCACUUCCAGAUAAUUCUUUGAAAAGCCUUGUGUACAGUGAACCACGUUAAUACUGUCGCCAAAGGGCGCAAAAAAUUUGGCCGUAAUAACGAGGUGACCAUAUUAACUUGAGAGUUUCUUUACAAGAAAAUGUAUGCUCGUUGUUGCUGGGCGGCCACAAAAAAGUGGCCGUAAUAAGGAGUUGACCGUAUCACCGAGGUGGCCGUAAGGCGGGGUUCCACUGUACAUGAACAUCAUCUUAAUUUAAGUAAACUGCUAUGUACUUGCCUCGUCAGAGUACUCUACAUAUUAUAUUUAACUGAAUUCUGCUUUGAUGAAAUGCAAAUUUUUUAAUCGUUAAAUUGAUUGACAACAAAUUUAAUUCUUGAUUGUUAUAAUGUUAUUGUUUAGUUGUCUUUGGAUUAGUCUUUUUUCGUUGCUCUAGGCGCUAUGAACAAACGAGUUCCCCUCAGCAAUGAUUGAAAAAAAAACAUCCCGAUCGCAAAACAUGCGAUAUUUUCGGUUUCCAUUUCCCAGCGUAUUUUUAGAAUCAGGCGCAGAUCAAGGAUAAAUAACUAACUUUUUGAUUUCCUUUAACGUUAAGCACCGUUUUACGGGUGAAACUGAACGCAUCAGGCGGGGUUCAAGGAUAAAUGCUCGCCUUAACGAGCGCCGAAAUGUUUUAGAUUUUCACUUCCUAAAGUACCCUUUUCUGAGUUUCAGACAGGAUAUUGGCCAGUACAGAGUUCCAUUCGCCGAUUAUUAUUGUUUGAUUCAAACCAGUAGUAUAUUCUUGGUCCGCUCGCUCUAGAGCUCUUGCAAAAUACUCUCCAAAUUUAUUCGCUCGUAUAUAGUACUAAAUAAUUUACAAGAUUUCAGCUUGGAAGGUCGUUUUAUUAAAAAUAUAUUUAUUAUGAAAAAUCUGACCAAUUUCCAUAAAACGGUUGAAACCGGUGUGGAUCAGCGCCGAGCAUAGGUGACAAAUAGAUCAGAAUCAAAACUGAUACGGUCUGAACAUCGGGCGUAUGUCUCUGGACACCAACAAAUAAUUGAUACUGGUUUCAUUAUCUUACACACUUACAGUAUUUUCGAAAAUACUCAUCCGCAGAAAGAUUUACACUCUUUUUCAGUUCUAAUACUCCUUAAUGCCGACCUCUCUCAGGCUUCUAUUUCUUUAUUUUUAAAACUUAACUGGAUCCCCGUUUUUGAUCUUAUUAAAUACAGGAAACUUUUUCUUCUUUUCAUCGUAUUCCUUAAUCCGAAUGCUCCUAAAUGUCUCAGGAACAGAUUUCAGUUUCUUUGUGAUUCGCGUGGACCUGACUGGGCCGUUUUACAAGCCUCUCUCUACGACUUAAAGGUGCCAUGCCCACAUAACAACUCUGGGAAACGCACAUUGGCCUGUAGUGCUACUAAACUUUUUACAUAAUGACCUCAGUUCCGACUUAAAAGAGUUUCUAUUUCUUCUUCUCCACUGAUAUUUAAAUUUCUUCCCUCCUCUCUUAAGUCUAAAUUACGAAAUCUGUUGCUCUCACGCCUACAUAUAUAUGUAUACAUGUUCAUUUAUCGCAAAUAUUUUGCCUCCCUUUGUCGAUUUAUAUGUUAUUCAUUAUGUGUUUAUAGCCUAUUCUACUUUGAAUAUUGUCUCUUUUGUGUAUAUAUAUAUAAAUUUAUUUGCUUUUUGUCUUCUAAAUUUAUUUGUCUAUUUAUUUAUUUUUUGAGGGCCGUAAGUUAGAAAACUGUAAUAGGUUAUUGCGCUUCCCUCUUUAAAUAAAGUUAUUGUAUUAUAUUGUAUUGUAUUGUAUUGCAACAAUGAACAUUAUACAUCUACAAUUUAAGUAUCAAUCAUGUAAUCGAUAGUCAAUAACAUGCAACCUUCUCACCAUAGCAAGAUCGCUGGGGGUGCGAUCGUGCAAAGGGCGUAUACGUAGUACGUAGAGACAAAUAAAACUGACUUUUAAGGUAUGUUACACGAGACGAUUCGCAACGACGACUUUUAGCGCAACACAGCGUUGCAACAUUGUUGCAACAUUGUUUCGAAUGGUUACAACAUUGUUCCAACAUUGCAACGAUGUGUUGUGCUAAAAAUCGUCGCUGCGAAUCGUUCCGUGUAACAUCACCUUUGCCUUUCUAGAUUUCGAUGAAUUUUUUUUUUCAGGAUGGGCUUAUGGAUAGCCAAACUCGCGGGUCAUGAGAAUGACGCCAAGGUUCAGCUCCGUAAACCAGAUGCCGUUUUGGCUUACAUCCUUGCGUUUGGUUCAGUGUUUUUUGUUCUUUUUCUCUUGCUUGUUGGUAUUGUGUUAACAGCAGUCAGAAUCUAUAAAAUAUUCGUUUACAGAAAACAAAGCGAGGAAAAUUUAAAGGUAAGAGCGCGGCAGCAUGACGUUUCACUUCAGAUAGCAUUUUCAUAAAGUAAGAAUGUUGACUAUCUUCAAAGCUUUUCAUUUACGAGAAUCUGAGCCACCUGAGUGUCACCUAUCAUAAUCGCAAAAUUUAUAACUGUAUGCUAAGCAGCCAAGCCUUUGAGUGGAAGCGAGGCUGGCGGUGAUGUAGCUGUGAUAGAGACUUCGCUUCCAUUCAUAUGAAUGAGGACAAGAUGCACACCAAAAAUGCGCAUGCUCAGUGAGGUUUCUGUUUUCUUCCAGUGAAGGCCAAGUCACAAUGCACAGUUGUAAUGUAACUUCAACUUCAUAAUGUUUCAGUCAAAAUUUCAUGAUAGUCCUUUAUGUACGAUGAUAACGAGUGUAAAUAUAGAUAGUAUCAAGAUCAAAUUAUGUUUGCUAUUAAAUCUGGCAGAGUACCCUGGACCGUCAAGUGGCGAAGAAUUUCAUGGAAAAAGUGCGGAAACGUUUAAGUAGUGUAGGCCAGUUUAGAGAUGGCAUGAUCAAUGCAGGGCUGGAAAUGGUGGAACUUACCACUACGCCAGGACCAGGUAAAAAGUUAGCCACAGAAAACAGCCGACAUUUCGCGACGUCACCACUGGUUUUGCAGCGAAAUUUCGCCUGAAAAACGAGUGCAGAAAUUCCAUACUGAUGACGCCUCCCUACCCAGAUCUGGGUAGUGCCUCUGACUGGAUAAAUCAAAGUUUCAGCCCUCAGAAGCCCUACCCAGAUCUUGGUAGUGACUUCACUCGUCGCUCUGACGUCAUUUCGUGGGGAAACCAGCGGUAGCGUCGCUAAAUGUUGGAUGUUUUCACAGGCUAGUAAGAGGCUAGGUAGCUAGCAGGUGUUACUUCCCCACUCCCUCCCCCUUAGAUGUUCACCGUUCUCGGGGCCUUCAUGAUCAAUUUCCAUCCGAUCCUGCCGAAUUUCUCAUCCAAACUUGUAAAAGUAACUUACUAUAUGCACCGGCCGCCAUUUUGCCAUUGCUUAGUUAUUUGUCCUCCAGGGCGUGAUUCCGUCCAUUUGAGUGACACGAAAUUGGUGGGAAUCUGCUAUGACAAAAGAACGAGUGCAAAAUGAUCUAUCUACCUCAGAAGUUUUUAUAAAGUCGCAGAACUGCUCGAUUGAGCCACUGCUCCAGUUUUUUUCAACCGUUCUCUCAUAGCGCUGACCUUCCCGCCCAUUUCGAGGUGUUCGCGAAAUGAUGGAUGGUUUGAUCCGGGAUGGACUCAGGGAACGCUUGUAACCUAACACACUGGAAACGAUGAAUACGUAUGUGAAUUUCGUAUUUAUUGGAACCGUGAAUGAAGAAAUAAAUGCUAAGGGUCAUCCCCCUUAAAGACGCAACUUAUGCAGUUGAGAAAUUUAUCUUUUAUUUCAGUGUUAAAAAAAGUAUUUAUUAUAUAAACACCAAUGAAAUACCAGGUGAGCUUUUGCGCGAAAACAUUAUAUCUUCACACGUGAAAAUAACAUGUUAUUUUCACAUGUGAAAAUAUCCCCGUUGCUAUGGCUACAUAAUAAAUCGCGCCUUUCGCAGGAAAAAACUGUUUCAGUGAAAUCGUUUGGUAUUUCAUUGGUGUCGCUGCGCUCACUCGUGAAAUAUUUUUCAACGCUCGAAGAGAAAUUUCGUAUCUCCAAGCGGCCUUGUAAUAUCCUCUAUGUAUAUAUUUUUUUUCAGUUGCGAGGCUCAAAUCCACUAAGCUUGGUAUCAAGCUUGAGGGAGGAAAAGGGCAUAACUUUAUACAUGGCGAUCCUGGAAUAUUUGUGUCGCGCGUCAGACCUGGUAGUUUAGCAGAUGGCAGACUGUACCCUGGCGAUAGAAUAGUAGCGGUAUGCAUCAUAGCAUUAUCCAGUUAUCACGCAAACCUCCUGAUACAGUCAACGCUCGCUCUGCAGACACACCGCUAUAACGGACACCCCGAUAGUACGGACAGCGGCUAAAUUCCAGGCAAAAAUACUGAAGAGAAUUGCAAGCGUUUGACUGAAACAAACUUCCGCUAUUUCGGACACCCGCUAGCUUGGGGUUCUUACCGGGUCAGUUAUAAAAGGAGUUGGCUGUAAAUUGAUUAGAUCGGCUACCAUCCGUUGGUCAUUUCUCAGCCUUGUUUUCUACCCGUUAAAAGAUAAUGCUUAGGCAUUUUACUCUGAGGGACAAUAAGUGACGUAAACAAUUUAUAAAUGUUUAGAAUGACGUAACAUAAUUGACACAAGCGACUUGGGAUAGAGAAAUGCGAGUUCUCCCGAUAAGAAUUGAACUUAUUUCAUCAGUGGCGUCCUGUUCGUCAAACGAUGGACAGCACUUUGCAAUAUGCACCGGGAAAACAAUUCAGCGCUAUCCAGUGGCCAUGGAUAAUGAUUUAUUUUAUCGAGUGGAUAUCCAACUUUUGAACAACUGGGGCCUCGAAAUUAGUUUAGAUUCUCUACCCUGCGCAAAAAGAGGAUCCAAAAUAGGGUCCUUUAAUCCCGUAAUCCCGACCCAAAACUUCGGGCAAAUCCCGUAAUCCCGAGGGUUCUUUUUGCAUGCCACCUGCCUCGCGUACCGUCAAUCCCGAAUCUUGCCCCUAUUUUGCUUUAAAAUCCUGAAUCUCGAGCUUCCCGUAUCCCGAAAAUCCUAUUGAGGUCCCUCCAAAAAGAGACUCGUAGAGGCUGAAACUGUUAACUUCAGCUUCAUUCUCUUAUCCUGCUUCUAAUUUUGUCAAUUUCUACAGAUAAACAAUUUUCACAUGGGUAUGGUUACCCUCAAGUACGCUAAAGAAGUGAUGCAAGCUGUUAGUCAGGCAGAGGGACGUCUGAUGUUUUCCAUCUUGAGAGCCCCAGUCAGGGAGGUACGUACUACUAGUCACAUGAUUGGCUCUCGCCCAAUAAAAAUCGUUUCGCUGGUAGAUAAACGAUUCUCAUUGGCCGAGACCCCCCUUCAAAUAACUGCCUGCGAAUGUUACUCUGCUCAUGCGUAGAUGUAUACUUUCUCCUCGGUCAUAAUGGCAGACGAACAUGGACUUGACUGGUCAACCCGCCAUGCGAUCGUACUACUCUGGUAUCCAAUGCUCCGAAAAAGCCGCUGAAGGCAAUAACUGUGGAGAAAAAUCUAGCUGUAUAGCAAUGAAAUAUAUUUUUCUAAAUUACAAGGGACGAUUCGCAACGACGAUUUUUGGCGCAACUCAGGGUUCAAAUGUUGGAACAAUAUCGCAGCCAUUCGAAACAAUGUAACAACAAUGUUGUAACGCUGUGUUGUGCUAAAAAUCGUAGUUACGAAUUGUCCGGUGUAGCAUCACCUUGAGGAUUCAUAAAAAUAUGCUCCUUUACUCAAGUCCAACUUUAUGUAGAUGUCUUCUCCAUUUUAGCGCAAAGUAAGCGAAGCCUUUUCAUUGUACUGUGACGAUGAAAAUACUGGCAAGCAUGAGGUGGUUUUCACUAAAAACCAUUUAGAAGGUGAGUGUGAUUAUAGGCUUUGUCCUUUCCGGUCAAGGGGGGUGGGAAAGGUCAUUUUUAUUCCUGUGGAUACUGAACAAAAUUAAGGUACCCCUUUCGUGUGUACCUUUUAUUGAAAAAUCAUGGUACCCCUUUCAAAUAUUAGAGAGCUUUAGAUCUGAGUACGAGAACCAACUUACAGUUUUUGCGCGUCUUCUCAAAAAAAAGGCAGCCCGGAAAGCUUCACUUUAUUUUUUUUUUUCACUAAAAAAGUUAGUUCGGUUAGUUAUGCUCAAGGAGUUUAAGCCCUCUCCCGAUAGCAAGAUGAUAAAACUUCUUACAUUUGAUAUCUUGUUCCCGCCACUACCACAUUCUCGCUAAAACUCGUCGUAGAAUGACGACGGCCAUCACGUUUUCCCGCCAAAGUGACGCUGACUCACGCGUGAGCAAUUCUCAGUAUUGAGAAAAUCUCGAAUUCGCGAGAGUCGUCCUCGUCUCAGAAUCUAAAGCUCUCUAUUAGUUUACGACGCUAUAUCACAUUCAACUGCUGUUAUUAUAAUUCAAAAUAUUUACCCGAUUCUGAUUGGCUCUGAGCACACGCAUAAUUUACCAUAACCAGCUACUGAUGACCAAAUUUGGAAGAAUUUUGCAAUUAAUCAACCGAUGACGUCAAAAGUGCAGCUUCCCUGCAGGUUGAUGCACCGUUAACCGGGAAGACUUGGGGACAAGGUUGAGUUGUUUUGGUUGUGAAACAAAACUGGCGGACAUUUGACUCGUUUCAAGAGUAAGAACUAGGCGAAAUAAUAGCUAAAAACAUGGUAAGAACAGCAAGAAGACAACUCGGAGCGCGACAUCUGCUAUUUGGAGAAUAUUUGCGGAGCUGAACGACCCCAAACGUGAACUAUCGAAGAUGAACUUAACAUCGAUGGAGGUAAGCAUGUUUUAGCUAUGUUUUUAAACUAGGAAUUAUUUUGAAUGAAUAAUAAAACAAUUAUUGAAUUCGGCGUUCGUAUCAUAUGAAGAAUUAUGGAGAUCUCGAAGGGUGUUAUCCGCCUCGGCCCUUCCUCGAUCUCCAUAAUUCUUCAUAAGGUACUCAGCCUCAUUCAUUAAUUGUUAAUUAAUGCACCGUCUUCAAAACAUGAAUAAAUCGUCUAAAUCAGUCAACCAGAAAGUUUUCUUGUCUUUUUCAUAGCAUUCAAAUGAACCUGUUAGCCCUUUUAGUUCAUUUCACAAACCGCAAAGACAGAUGACCGAUUUCCCAAUCCUUUCAUAUACUUCAACCAGUUACAUCCCUACUCUUUCAUAUACCUAAGCCUGAAAAAGGUACCCCUCUUGGGCGGAGACUCCCCCUAUACGCCAUUAUAGGGAGGAAAUCCCCCCUCCGGUGUCUUAUUUUAGUCUGCCAAGUAGCCCUCAACUGUUCGGCUGUGUGUCGCGUGGUGAUGACGCUCCUUGCAUACGGACGGAAAGUCGAUUUCACCAACAGCAGUUAAGCAGCAGCUGGCAGCGCAGGAGAUUAGUUUAUAAGUUAUGGAACAAAAUAACCUUGACCUCCUAACCAUGGUAAAAAGUAAAGGUCUUACUUAAAUUACUGGUACACUUUUGUGUAGUGGCAAAAGUUUUAGACCCUGCGAUCAUUGACUUGGUGAGUCAGUCGCUAAGCAAAUACGUGUGUGCUAAAAAAAGUACUAAAAUUACGAAUAACAAGUGCCUAAACCUUAGUAUACUUCAGUCAAGAUUACCGGUGAACAAUAUUAAUUUUUUUAGAAUGUUCAUCAUGUUGUGGUCAAUUACUUGUUUUACUUUUCUAAUUACUUCCUCAGUUAAAACGUCCUCUCAUAGUAAAAUCAGCGCUAUUAGCUUUGAUCUACAAUAAGAAAUUGAUCGGAUCAUGAAAUGAGAAAAAUUUACUGUACCCUUAUCCAGGCUCCUGGAAAAAUACAAUUAAAGUUUUUAUCACUCGUAUGAUUAUAUUACAGACCGAAUUGGACUCCACUCAGUCCUGUUACCAUUACAUAUUGUACUUCUUCUCCUCUAGUGUUCGAAGAAGCGUUCUCCAUAUACGACCACCAAGGAACUGGCAAGAUACCAAUGUCAAGCUUCUUUCCGCUACUCCGAAGCUUGGGCUACAACAUUCACAAAGAAGAGGCCUUCAGAUAUAUGAACGAACUUGAUUUAGCAGGUAUAUAUCAUAUAUCGACAAGCGACAGCAAAAAUACAUUGGCUAAGUUCCAGGUUUUACUACCCUGGGUGCCAGAGAAUUUUCUAGCGCGGUUUCUGGUUUCCGCUCGUGGCCUCGGCCUUCGGCCGACACCGAAAAUUCCCGCCGCACGCGAGAAAAACCUGUGGUACCCAGGGUAAGGUUUUAGCUCAACUGCUGAACAAAAGGAACUAGGCCAGAGUAUAUAAAGGUUACUUCGAACGAUUCAAUCAGUUGUAUUUAUUAGUUUCAUGAUCGCGUUUUAAUAGGCCAUUUCCGAGUUCCAAAAACUCUCAAUCUGAAAACGAGGCUAAGUGCAAACCUUUCUUGUGAGAUGAGUUUCAUUUACAUGAGAAUAAAUAUGUUUAGUAAAUCCAGCUAGUGGUCUAUUAUCAAUGCUGCGUUCUGAUUGGUUGAGCUACUACUAGGCUAUAUGUUAUAGCCCACUAGUAACGAAAAGCGCGGGGGGCUUUUUGGCGGCAAAAAAGGAUUAAAGUCUAGCUUUAACUGGCUAAAAGUUUUUUAUUCUGGAUAUUUUUGACCAACUAGUUGGAUUUUACUAAAACAAUUAUUCCUCGAGCCCGAAUGGGCUCUGAGUCAAUAGCCCAUUCGGCCUUCGGCCUCACAGGCUAUUGACUCAGAGCCCAUUCGGGCUCGAGGAAUAAUUGUUAAAUAUUUUCAUCUCAAUGAUUUCGCGCUUCGCCUCACUUUGAAACAAAGGCUUUGGGCAACUCGGAGAUGGAAUAUUCUUAAUUUAAAAUUUUCUGAAGAAUACAAAAUGUUUGCAAAAUUACGACUUUCUGAGCUAUUUCUCUUUUUUUGAUCCUCUUAGAUAAACAAAAGAUCACCUUUAACGAACUGAUUAAGUUCCUUGAGCACAUUGUGGCGGAGCAAACGUCAAAGUCUGAAGUACGCUGCGUUUAUAACGUCUUUGACCCCGAGAAGAAAGGUCAAGUGCCGGUAAUCGAGUUGUUUGAAGCACUAGAAAGGAUGUAUGGACAUAAUAUCACUGUGGACGAAAUAGAAACGAUUCUUUCUAUGGGAGAUCGAGACAAAGAUGGCUGUCUUAACGAAGAAGGUAACUAUUGGAAAUUUCAAUAUCGUUAUGAUUGUUCACGCUGGCAGCCAUUCACCUUUGGCGAAGACGCAAAACUACCUCCAUUUUUAACUAAAAUUUGUUGGUUUAGGAAUUGAAGAGUUGAAUUUUCUAAAGUCAAAUACGGAUUUCCGAAUGAAACGGAAGUCCAAGCGAAGGAUUUUGACAAACAGAAGUACUUCUGUGACAUGGUUUUAAAUAAACAGAUCCUGACCAAAAAAGGACAAAGAUAAUCCAAUGCCAUAUAUCAUAAAAAAAUAAAACUACCACAUAAUAUACAAAAACAUUUCAAUUAUAAAUUUUUUGUUCUUUCCCAGAUUUUGAAAGGCUACUUCUUCCGUCGCUGAUACUUUACUAGAGAUUUAAAAGAUGCAAGAUGGUUACCAUGGCUACUAGAAUGUCCCCAUCCAAUGGGCGUGUACAUACAUCCGGGUGCCACUGCUUAUCUUAUCAAUGUAUCGUGCAGUUGAGACGGCAUAGCGUAAACUUGUUCUAUCUUUCUGGAUUCUGAGUCCAUGGCAACUAAACGUCCUCUAAUUUGCAAACUUUCAGUUUACUAUAAGACAAGUGCAAGGAAAAUCCUAAUUUGAAACUUUAACAGCUGUGUGUUGAAUAAGUACUUAUCUUAGCUAAAAUUAACGUUUCGCAAAUAUUUUGAGCCGAUGACUUAAAGGAGCCAAGUGGUAAUCGAUUGUAUCGAGCCCUCAACUAUUUUCGGUCAAUAUUAGACUGCGAGCACUCUCAUUUUUCGCGCGUUGUCAUUUGCGUGUCUCGCGCGUGUCGCUCGACGGACUAAAAAAGAGAGACUACAUCGGUCAAUAGAAAUUAGACACUAGGGGAGAAAUAUUACAGCCGGAUACAAUAGUUUGUUCAUAGACAUGAUUUGUUUAAAGAUACGAUUUCCUGUAUUGAAUUCUCUACGGUAAUUUCAGCAUCGAGCUUCGCGGAUAUUCAAAUGUCGUGAAAACGCCCACCUACCUUGCAACCACUGACAUGCUAAUUCUCUGAAGAAGAGUUCUAACUCUACUAAAAUUUUGCCUGAUUAUGAUCAGCGUUUUGAAACUGAUCCAGUCAACCCACUCAUUUUUAUUGGAGAGACAAACAACUGCAGUCACUUUUCCUGAGAAAUGCAGAAAUAAUGAGAGAUCUCUUGUGUUGUGAAAAGCUGGCGAAAAUUGUCAACGCAGUCACCUUGCAACGAAAAAAAUUAAAUUGGAAAAUAUCUCAAUAGUGUUUGAUUAAAACUGAAAAAGACUGCCAGCAGUGAGAUUCAAAUAACAAUAGUCUGAAUGGAAAUAAUUCAAAUAAGGAAUAUAACGCAGGCAAGUGGUUUUCAACUAUUACUGAAAGCAACCACAAGCAAAAGACAAUUUAUUUACAACUUAGGAGUUCAAGUUUGCAAUAUGAUAUUUAAUGGCAAUGUUGCUCAAAAUGUUGAUAAGUCGAUAAUAAAACAUUUAUGCUUGCUAGAGCAAUUUUGUUUGGAGUUCUCUAAACAAGCUAUUACGUAAUAUUUUUUAAGUACAAGGCAUAACUGCAACAUAUGAUGCCCACGAAUUAGGAAAAAUGAUACUGCGAAAUAUAAGUGAAUAAAAAAAUAUGCUUUAACUGCCACAGAUAGUGUUGCCGGUCAGCGAUCAGUCUAGUAUAUAUAGAGUUCUCAGCAGUUUGUGGAACAGCCCAGAUAAAGAAAUCGAACUAAGUAUCAGUCACAGGGAUUUUCAACAAAAACGAAGGCAAAUAUUGUUACUAUACAGAGUAAAAUUUCUUGAUCCAGCGAGAGUUUUGUAGGUUUUAACAUUUUAUUCAUAGUAGGAAUUUUAAACGGAAACUUACUAGGUUUUUUUACUUUUUUUCUAGUAUAUAUUAUAUAUUUUAAAAUUUUAUAAUGCAUUAUAGCUUUGUCUUGUAUCAGUGCAAAGCCCCUCAGGGGACGUGAACAAUAAACUUCUUAACUCUUAACUCUUUAGUUACAUCACUCAAAAAUAAAUUUUGAAUAAAGAAGCCCCCAAGUGGGAAGUAGGUUGGAGAUCGCUGAUGCACCAUCAGCCUUUCGAAGGCCCCA